ACUUUCUAAGAAACCAAACAAACAAGACGAUCAAGGUUCAUGACCCGAGUAAAUUAAAAUACAACACUUGGAAUCUCUAUUAAAAUAUAUGUAAUCUCGCCCUCUUUUCUCUCCUUCCUGGUAACAAAAACAAAUACCAUCAGACAAACACUCCUUUUCUCCUUUUAUAUUUAUAUAACAAUCACACUUCUACUUGCCCGGAAUUCCGUGGACUUCAAUCAACAGUUAUGGAGUUUUUCACCAAAGUUAAAGCAGUAAAACUCCGAAGCCACCUCGACAAGUAUCUAGCGGCCGACGACGACAAAGAAACAGUGCGACAGAGCCGCCAGGGCUCGGCCCGAAAAGCCCGGUGGCUGGUUGAACCCGUCGACGGAAACCCACAACUCAUACGGCUCAAAGGCAUACACGGCAGCUACCUGGCCGCCUCCGCAGCCCCUUUCCUCCUGGGCAUGACCGGAAACAAGGUCGUUCAGGCCAAACUCGAUGACUCGUCGGAGACGACGACGGAGUGGCAGCCGAUCAGAGAUGGGUUUCAGGUGAAGCUGAAGGCGGCGGCGGGAGGGACUUAUUUGAGGGCCAACGGCGGAACGCCGCCGUGGAGGAACACCGUCACGCAUGAUAUUCCGUUGGCCGGUUCGACGCAUAAUUGGGUUUUGUGGGAGGCGGAGGCUGUGGAGAUACCGGAGAAUGAGGCGUUGAAUGAUUAUUUGUCGUUGGUUUCGAGUUUUUCGUCACUUUCCGAUGAGGUUUUUGGGUCGGAGGAGGUUGAGUCGCCGAUGUCUAUACGGUCCUACAAUUCUCCCAAGUUGUCUACGAAGAAGACCGGCAUGGAUCUCUUCCGCAACGCCAAGGCGGUGCGCCUCCGCAGCCACCACGACAAGUACCUCCUCGCCGACGACGACGAAGACUCCGUCACUCAAGACCGCAACGGCUCCGCCAAGAACGCCCGCUGGACCGUCGAAUUCGUCGACGACGACAGCGGCGGAGCCAACUUCCUCCGCCUCAAAUCCUGCUUCGAAAAGUACCUCACCGCCUCGAACCAGCCAUUCCUCCUCGGCAUGACCGGUCACAAGGUCGUUCAGAGCUCGCCGGCUGGCCGGCUCGACUCGUCGGUGGAGUGGGAGCCGAUUCGGGAGGGGAAUCAGGUGAAGUUGAAGACGAGGUACGGCCACUUCCUACGCGCGAACGGCGGCGUUCCGCCGUGGAGGAAUUCGGUUACGCAUGAUAUUCCUCACCGGACUGCUACUCAGGAUUGGAUCCUUUGGGAGGUUCAUGUUGUUGAGAUUGUGAUUGUUCAUUCGCCCAAACCUAAAGAUUGGAUCCUUUGGGAGGUUCAUGUUGUUGAGAUUGUGAUUGUUCAUUCGCCCAAACCUAAAGCGGUUGUUCAGGCUGUGCCGCGAUUGGAUGAGUUUGCUUCUGAUUCGAGCUCGCCUUCCACUCAUUCUGCUAAAUCUAAUAGUUUUGGACGACAAGAGUCUAUUGAUUCUGUGGGUAGUUCACCGCCUAAGGCAGCUGAUGGGCGGGCUAUAUAUUACAGUGUUGCAGAUGAAUUUGGUAAUGUCAAUGAGGGUGACGAGGGGCAUUGUAUUACAUUUAAAGGGAAUGGGGUUGAUGAAUUAACUCGGAGGCUGGAAGAUGAGACAGGUAUUGAGGACAUUGCUGUGUGUUCGCGAAGUCCAUUGAAUGGGAAGCUUUACCCACUUCGCUUACAGCUUCCUCCCAACAAUGUGACUAUGCAUGUUGUUGUGGUUCCGUCCUCCUCAAAAGUGGCGCGAGACUUUGCAAAAGCAGGAAUUACAUUGUGAAACGUGCUGGGAGACAUCACAAUUUUGCUUAUGAUCCAAAUUCAUGCAACUAGAUAUCUUGUACAUUCUAUUUCAGGCCUACCCUUUUGCUUGUUGAAAAAUGCAGAGAAAUAAGUUUUUGUGAGGUUUGCAACUCUUGCCUUGCUGUGUUCAUUGUUGUACUAUAGCAGUAAGUGAUUACAGUCUAGUAGAUGAUGAACAAAAAAAAGACAUUCUAGCAAUCUCAGUGGAACAAACUUAGAUCUAGCUAAACCAUUUGUAAUAAUGCAAAAAUCUUUUCUACAGUUCUACUUGGGAUUCAAAUUUCUUGGGGGCUUUUGUAUCUGAUUCUGUUGUAAAUUUAUUUGUACAAUUUUUGUUAGUUGAGAGGUUUAUGGUUUA